AGAGAUGGCUCACGUGGAUGUAGAGGAAGAUGAUGACGACAACAAUAACUUGACAUUAAAUGAAAACUUAAAAUCAGAGAAAAUUAAUGGAAUUACUGAUGCAGAACCCGGGGUUGUUAAUCAGAAAAAUAAUGAAGACCAGCAGUCUGAGAUGAUAGAUAAUAAAUUAACCACUGAUUCUGCAACAAUUGGUGCAUUAAGUACAAAUUCUGAGAUUAACAGUGAAAGUGUGCAUAAAAAAGCUCAAGAAAUUAUCAGAAUGGAUGCAGAAAAUGAUUAUCAGGAAUUUGUUGAGUCGUUGUGGAACACAAGAAUUACCAACAUGAUCAAUGAAAGUGAAUCGGUAAUAACAGGAAAUGAAACUAUAACUAGCAAUGUGCAUUAUAUGCAGCCCGAAAAUGGCGUUGAAAAUGUCGAGGUAAAUAAUACCGUACAGACUUCUAACAGAUCGAAUGAAAUGAUACCGUCACAACAGCAGCUCCAAAUGUCUCAGCCACUGCAAGAUAUCACAAAUUCACAAAUGAUGCGCAAUACAAGUUUACAUCAAUCAGAAGUUAGCCCAUAUUAUAAAGACCUGUAUGCAAGGAGAUUCAUACAACAUACUGAUUCUGGUAUGCCAGGCUUUAAACGCCGUCACUUGGAAACCGAAAUCUAUAUGUCUGAAAAUCGUGAAGAAUGGGACAGUAGCAUGUAUCCGGAGGAGUUGUUCCCCAAAAAAGUAUCCAAAAUUACAGAAAUGCAAACCUUUCAUCCUGCAGUUAAUGAAAUUAUUGACUUAAAACCAAAUUCAGCUCUAUCAGCGUGA